UGUGCCGAGCAUCCCACUUCUACACAUAUGUCUCUAGACCUCGAAGCUUCUAUCAAAACUCUCGGUAUACGGUGGAAUGCUCGGAAAGAUACGCUAUUUUACCGCGUAAACAUAAUUGCGCAAGAAUCACACACCAAGCGAAGUAUCCUUUCCCGAAUUGCUAAAUUAUUUGAUCCACUGGGUUUGCUAGGCCCAGUGAUAGUAUAUGCCAAAAUAAUUAUCCAACUUUGCUGGAAGUCUGGGGUUACCUGAGAUGAAUCAGUCCCUCAAAACAUACAUGAUAUGUGGAUCGCAUAUCAGAAACAACUUCCACUCCUGGAAAAAUUACUCUUUCCUCGUUGCCUCGUUAGCCCGAACGUUGUAAGUAUUCAAAUGCAUGGAUUCUGUGACGCGAGUGAAAAGGCCUACGGGGCUUGUAUUUAUUUGCGCACCACAAACAGCGAAGGUAUUGUGCGAAUUACUCUCGUAUGUUCUAAAUCUCGCGUAGCGCCCGUCAGCACGGUAAGUCUACCUCGCUUAGAGCUGUGCGCUGCAGCUUUGUUGGCAAAAAACCAGCCUCGUCGCGAAAACUUAUCAUUGAAGGAUAUCUCGGAGGCUCAUACGCUAAUUAUUAAGCUUAUUCAGUGCUCGACAUUCUCAAAAGAAAUUAAUUGCCUCAAGAGAAACGAAAGUAUUUCCACGAAUAGCCGGCUAAUCCCGCUCAACCCCUAUCUCGAUGAUGUCGGCUUACUCAGGGUUGGUGGGCGACUUCAACUCUCGGAGCUACCAGAAAAAACUCGGCACCCUAUAUUGCUGCCCAGCUCUCAUCACGUAACAGAUAUACUUAUACGCGAAGAACAUCAACGUCUCGAGCACGCAGGUACCCAAGCUACCCUCUAUUCUCUCCGUCAAACCUAUUGGAUUGUUAACGGUCGUAAUACCGUGCGCAAGGUACUUCAUCGUUGUAUACGAUGCUUUCGUGCUAAACCCCGCUUGGCUGAUCACGGCUCCGGCAUUCUUCCUCAAGCUCGGGUAUUAGCUUCACGACCGUUCCUGAAAACAGGAAUUGAUUACUGUGGCCCUCUAUUUAUAAAAGAGAAGCGAUACCGCAAUCGAAACGAGAUAAAGGUUUAUGUAGCUAUAUAUGUAUGCAUGGUCACCAAGGCCGUACAUUUAGAAUUGGUGUGUGACCUCACCACCGAGGCCUUUUUAGCUAGCCUUAGGCGUCUUUUUGCCCGACGGGGAAAAUCCCUAGAGAUUCACUCUGAUAACGCGGCUGAUUUUGUAGGAGCUAAUCGUGAGCUUCAAGAGUUAUUCGAAUCCACAGAUCAUAAAACUGCUAUGCAAAAGUUUAUUGAGCAUGAACGUAUAGUUUGGCAUUUUAUACCACCCAGAGCACCUCAUUUCGGAGGGCUUUGGGAGGCCGCCGUGAAAUCUUUCAAGUUACAUUUGAUUCGAUCUGUUGGCGACACACUAUUAACUUACGAUCAAUUGGAGACAUACGUUGUCGAAAUAGAAGCGAUAUUAAAUUCCCGACCACUUUCCGCCAUGUCUUCCGACCCUAACGAUCUCCUUCCCUUGACCGCUGGUCAUUUCCUCAUUGGUGGUCCACUGACUUCGUUUCCACAGGAACAUUUGGCGGACCUCCCUGCAAACCGCCUCUCAGCAUGGCAGCACGCUCAGAAGCUGAAACAGCACUUCUGGAAUCGAUGGCAUCAUGAAUAUCUCAACAAUAUCAUCAGUCUUCACCGUCAAACCAAAGGACCUGAACUUCAAGUUGGCGAUCUAGUUAUCAUGCAUGAAGACAAUCUGCCACCAUUGGCCUGGGCCGUUGGCCGCAUCAUAGCUACACAUCCGGGUCCGGAUGGCGUCAUACGAGUUGCAACCGUGAGGACCAAGAACGGCGAAUAUAAGCGGUGCAGCAAGAAACUAUGCCCACUCCCGAUAGAAUAGCGGUUUCCUAAUGCUCUCAUUUCCUUGAACUCAGUAGUUCAAGGGGGGCGGCAAUGUUGAGUCUCAUCUCAAUUAUUAUACUGAUAGUUCAAUUUUUAUUAAAUCCACAUUUUAUUAUUUUUAUCAUAUUGCGCCUUUUAACGGGAUUG